CAGAGAAGUGCGCUCGUCGCAGUCAGGAGCACUUGUGCAUUCAUACGAGGAACACACUGUUGAAACACCUGAACGAGUCAACUCUUCGAUCUUAGAUGGCGAAGAAAGAGAAAGCCGCUGUCGUCGAGUGCGCGCAGGAGCUGCGGAGAAUCGGAGAUCUGCUCAACUGGAAAUACAGGUUGCUGGAGCUCAUACUAACACUCCAGAAACUACACACGGAUGGGAAAAGCUGAAAAGGACAGCUUUUUGGGAUGGAAAAUGUCAAUACCGAACCAACGUGGACCCAGCAUCUCGAGAGGAUUCAUAUCCGAAGACGAGAUGUGUCGUCUAACAACAACAACAAAAGUUGAACAGGAAUAUAGCCUUCCAAGAUGAAGACGUGGAUAAGAUGGUCCUUGUGGACUCACAAACACUUCUGGGCUCUUCUGAGCCACAUUUAUCUCUGGUCGGUUUCUCUGAGGGGUUUGAACUGUGUCAGCAGGAAGAGUUUUCUUUCUUGAUGUCAAAUGGUGGAGAUCUUUACAAAAGGACUUCUGCUUAUUCAUUCUCAUAUAUUCUCAUAAGACUGUAAAAUUACACAUGGAGGCAAAUGGAUGCCCUGUUUUGUAGCCUACUUAUGGAAUUUAUUAUAUAUAUAUAGGCCUAGCCUAAUAAAUUGCAAUUUUCAAUUUCAGACUUGGAAACAUGACCCCGUUUAGCUAUAAAAAUGACCUGGAGACAUAUUUGGGUUAUAUAUGUAAUGUGUUUGGUUUUGCUUUUUUGUGGAAAAACUGAAAAACACUUUGAAUUUGUUUGCAGGUGUCACUUACUUGAUAUUUCAAAAGUAAUGCAGUGACUUACUUGUGCAAAUUCUAUUUAGGGACCACUCUUUAUUUUUUUCUGAGGACCUGCAGUUGCAUUUAGAUUCUUUUUUUGUUUUUGAACGAUCCCCAAUGUGCAAAUUCUAAGAGUUGCCUGUUUUAAAGGAGUAUUUUUAUAAGCCAUUUCAAUUAAUAUAUUUAAAUAUAAAGGUAAAGUUUGGGGCACAAUUUGUCCAGGUGUAAUAUAUAGGCUAUUUAUGUGUAAAUCUAUAAUACUUAUAGGCAACACUUUUUAAGUGAUCACAAUGUAAAUGUUUCUACUGUAAAACUCAAUUUAUUGUCAAAGCAAAUGAAAUGUUUAACACUGUUCUGAGUAAUGUUUAUGGUGUUUUCUGAAACUAAUUCAAUAUAAUCAAGACUACAAAAUAAACUGCUUGUAAGUUG